AUGAAGUUUGUAUUAUUUGCACUGCUGUUCGUGAUAAAUAUUGUCCAUGCUGUACAAAUUGAUGGAUUAAAACUAUCUUCUCCAGUUUCCGAGCAUCGGUCUAAGAAGAGAGGCACUGCUUCUCAUUACCAUUAUCUCAACAAACGCAAUGAUACUUCAGGCCAGACUUCUGCCCUUUUUGAUUAUUCCUUGGAAAAAGUAUACGGAGUAAGUCUAGGAGGUUGGUUAGUUACAGAACCUUAUAUCACGCCUUCUUUAUACGAAGAUGCAGCCAGCUACGCCAAUAAUACCCAUAAUGGCACCGAGAAGAAGGUUCCAAAAGACGAAUAUCACUUAUGUAAGAAAUUGGGGAAAGAUGAAUGCUACACUCGUUUGCAUAGCCAUUGGGAUACGUUCAUUAACGAGACUGAUAUCAAGCAAAUUAGGGAGUGGGGAUUUAACACGAUUAGAUUACCAAUUGGCUAUUGGGCAUUUGCGCAAAGGAAAGAGGAUCCAUUCUGCUUUGGACAGGAAAAAUAUCUUGAUAAGGCGAUUGAAUGGUGUAGAAAGUAUGGAGUGCAUAUCUGGGUGGAUAUUCAUGGGAUGCCGGGGUCUCAGAACGGCUUUGAUAACUCUGGAUUGAGAGAUCAAGUUAACUGGUUGAAUAUCACGGAAAACUAUGAUCUCAGCCUAGAGGUAUUAGAUUAUGUCGCAAGGAAAUACGAUCAGCCAGAAUAUUACGACGUUAUUUCUGGAAUCGAAAACGUCAACGAGCCGUUAGGUCCUAAAAUUAAAAUGGAUAAGCUUAAGAAGUUCGAUAAGGAUACCUAUGGUCUACAACGAUCUGUUAGUAGUGACAACUACUUUGUUUUCCAUGAUGCCUUUAAGAACACAGGAUACUGGAACAAUGUGCUCAAGGAAAAUUCAAAUAUCACUACUCAUACCAAUUCUUCGUUCUAUAAUGGAUCGAUUUACAACAUUGUUAUUGAUCAUCAUCGUUAUGAGGUGUUCAGUACAGGUAUAUUGGCACUAAAUCUUACAGGCCAUAUCGAUGGACUAAAGGUAUAUGUGGAUGAAAUAGUUAAGAAUGAAUCAAUCCCUGUUAAGAUUGUGGGAGAAUGGUCCGGUGCAUUGACCGAUUGCGCAAAAUGGGUCAACGGCGUUGAUAGGGGAUCCCGCUAUGAAGGAGAAUACGAAUCAAAUGAGGUGAUUGGAAAGUGCAGCUACAGUAAUGACUAUACGAAGAUGAGCAACCAGAACAAGACUGAUACUAGAAAAUUGAUAGAAGCUCAGAUUGAUCUCUUUAAUAAAACGAAUGGCUUUAUAUUCUGGUGCUACAAAACGGAAAAUGCUCUUGAAUUUGAUCUUUCGAAGUUAAUUCAGUAUGGCCUAUUCCCUCAACCGUUGACGGACAGAAAAUACCCAGAUCUACUAAAAAGCAGCUCCGCAAGGACUGCGCUUUUCUCACACAGGCUUCAGCUACUAGAAGCCCUGGCAUUGAUCCUUUUAAUCGUAUAG